AUGGCCCCGGCCGCCCGCGCCCGCCACCGCCGCGUCUGCGCCGGCCCGCCCGCGCUGCACCACGGGAAAUGUAGUCCGCCUCGGCCGCCGCCGGGGGCGCUGCUGCUGCGCCUCCUCCUUCCCGCCAUCGGGCCCAUCAGCGCGGGGGCUCCGCUCGGCCCGGCCCGGCCCGGCCCGGCCCACCGGGACCCGGGGGCAGCUGCGCCUUUUUCAGCGCCGGCUCCUGCGAGAGUGGACUUCUAUAGACUCCUGGGUCUGGAGUCCUGUCAGGAAUUUGCUCCAGCGCAGGCUUCUUAUGGGGUCACAGCGUCCUUUGGGUGCAUCCACUUGUUCUGGCGUGGGGCUUCCCCCGGCUGCAGGUGCAUUUCUGCUGCAGCGUGGAUCUUCAUGGACUGCAGGGACAUAGCUGCCUCACCAUGGCCUUCACCACGGGCUGCAGGAGACACUCUUUACCCCAGCGUCUGGACCAUCUUUUCCCUCUCUUCCUUCCCUGACUUUGGCGUCGGAGGGUUCUCUCAUCAAAACUACAGCAAGUUCUCCUGUUUCUGGGAGACAGAGCCCGUAGGCUGUAGGAGGAUAAGCUGUGACUUCUUUCACAGAAAACCUCGUAACAUAAAUGGACUUUAUUUGCCACCUAGUAACAAUGUCCCAUUGAAACAGGAUGUCCAAGGAGGCAUUCUGCAUCCAGCCCAUCGUCAAGACUCACUCAGAAACCAGGAAAAUGUUUUGGUACCAAUUCACCCUCCACUGAUUAUAAACCUCAGUGAUGAGGAGGAUGAUGAAGACGAUGAUGAAGAGGAUGAUGARGAGGAAGAGAACUAUGUGUCUAACUGGAUGCCUAAGACUGUUACAGAUAUUGAAGAGGAAAGAGCAAUAAGGGAUAUAUGUUAUAAGUCUGGAGAGUAUUAUGGGAUUCAGAACCCUUACAAACACCAAUCAGCAAAAACUGUGUCUUCACCAUGGCAAGAUGAGUUUUUACCCUUGGAAGCUACUGAACAAAACUUGCAGAAAGGUGAUUGUAAUACAAUUCCUACAAGAUUUAAUAAUACAAGAAAAGAAAAAGAGAGUUCUGAAAGGAGAGUAUCAAUAGAGAGUAUUCCCAGAACAGAUUAUAAAUCUUUUGACAAUGGAGAAACAAACCACACUGAUUUGGUAAAGAACCACCACUGUAAGGACAUAAAGGAAAAUAGAAGGAUUUCUGAGGACCGAAGAAAUUCAGCUAAUGCAAUAACUGGCAAAGGAAUUCACACUUUGGACCCCAAAGGAAAACCAAGUUACCAGCAAAGAGGUCAAACUAAGGAUGACGAAACUACUUCUUCCAGUCCUUAUGGGAGAGAAACUGGAAGAUACAGUAAUUUAAAUUCUCCAGAACCUCGACGAUCAGCAUAUGUAGUCUACCGGACUGUCACUCAAAAACCGAAAUUCAGUGGAUCUACAGCAGUUCCUGAGUCCUAUGGUCAGAAAAGCUCCAAACAAAAGAAUCAGACUGACACCAAUAGGAGAUUUUGGACACAAACAGAAAACUAUGGCAAAUAUACUUCAGGAUCUUCUAACUCACCAACUUGGAGGAAAAGAAAUCCACAAGCAAAACCAUUCUCUAAAUUUAAAACAACCACUCAGCAGAGUAAAGAAGACAUGGAAGUGAAUAGAAACGGAGAAAAAGAAACAUCUAAAGGGAAAUAA